AUGGGGACGGCUUGCGGGCGUGCCGCCAGCAUUGCCACCAAUUCCCAGGCCACUCGAAACUCCAUCCGGAAAGCUCAGCGGAUAGCCUACGUUUGUGACGUGGAGGGCCAUUGGGACUUCUUCUGCAACUUUGUGGAGCUCUGUGACGGGGUUAAGUUCAAGCUGCCGGGCAAUGACGGGCGCAAGGCUCGCACCUCGCAAGAGCUGGAGCUGGAGCUGGCUGACGGCUGGCUCUUCGUCUUCGGCGGGGAUGCCUGCGACAAAGGCCCUGGGACACUGCGCUUCUUGGAGGCCAUGGUGAUGCUGAAGAGGAAAUACCCCGCGAGAGUUUUCCUGAUCCUGGGCAAUCGAGACUUGAACAAGAUGAGAUGGACUUCGGAGCUGACCCCCUCCGAGCUGAAGCGCAUCAAAGAGGUGCCUCGAGCCUUCUGGCAGUCCCGUCUCCCCGGGAACUGUCCCACACACUGGGAGUAUCUGAGGAGAACGGUCGCACAGGAGGAGGGCUUGAACGAGGAUGAAGUGACGGAGAGGAUGAUUCAGAACCGGAACACCAAAGCCAACAAGCUGCGGUACAUGCUGGACUGCGACAUGGGAUCCGUCGGGGACUUCGAGUUCAGACGAGAGGAACUAGCCCACUUGCUGAACGUGCGCAAGGAGGAAGUCACGGACGAGGAUGUCGUCGAGAGCUACGAGCGCAGUGUCGCUCCGGGUGGUGUGAUGAGGAAAUUCUUAAACCUCGGGCAGCUCGCUCUCCUGAUCGACGGGACGCUCUUCGUUCAUGGCCAGAUCAUUGGCAACCAGUUCCCGCCGGAUCAAGUCCUAGGAGCAGAUGAUGAGAAUACAGCAUGGAGCUUGGGUGUGGUCCCUGGAGAGGAACAGCGAGAGGAGUGUCUGGAGACGUGGAUCGCGAAGAUCAACAGCUGGGCAGCCUCCGAGAUCAGGGACUGGCAGCAUCGUCCGCAGUGGGAAGUGCCGCCGAAAGUCUCGACCUUCGAGUCCUGGUCCCAGCGCGGGGCCUCCGAGCUGAUCGCCUACGGCACCCCGGGCACCCGGUAUCCCACCGUCAUCUACUGCAGGUAUUUGACGGAGCAGAGCAUGCCCCUUCCCUUGCCGGACAACAUGGUGGAGUACUUGAAGCAGUACGGCGUGAAGUUCGUGGUGGUGGGGCACACCCCGCACGGCAACGCUCCCACGGUGAUCAUGCACGACGGGGUGACCUUGAUCAUGGGCGACACCUCCUUCAGUGACGUGAAAGCCAACCGCUUCUUCCAGGGCGACAACCGGGGGACUGCGGCCUGCAGCAUCGAGUACCGUGGCCACGCUUGGUUCGUGCACGGGCAGACGGACAAGGACCAGGCCUUCGACUACUCCGUCGGCCCCGGCAUCACACCCGGCUGUGAUCCGCUGGUGGGUCGCUUCACGAAGCCAACCAAAGAAGGCAAGCAAUUCUUCGUGAAAGCCAAGCUGAAGAACGCGGAUGAUGCGACGCAGUACUUGCUGAGUCACGUGCAGGGCUUUCGCUACGAGUAUGCGGUGUCCAGCAACGACGAGGUGGCCACGGCCAUCGAGGAGGGCUCGGUCCACUUCUUGUCGGAGAAGCUGCUGAUGGAGUUCCUGGAGCAGGACGUGAUGUCCAAGAUCCGGCAUCUCUUUCACAUGCUCGACAUGAAUGAUGACGGCACCAUCUCCAUGACGGAGCUCGUGGUCGCCAUCAACGAUCCUCUCUUCCGCCGUGGCCUCCGCAGCAUCUUCCCGACCUUGGACCCUGUCUCCUUGCUUGGCAGCGCCACUUUGAUGGACGGGGAGCUGGGGCCCGAGCAGUUCCACGAUUUGUGCAAGAAGCAUGCCGACAAGGGCAAGCUCGAGAGCUGCAUCUACUUCCCCAUGGUGGUCUCCGGGGAGCCCUCGGCGGUAGGAGCUUUCCCAAAGGCGCUUCCCAACUUCCACUGCGUUCCGACGAAGUACGUGCAGCCCGGGCACUUGACCGUCUUCAAAGGCCACUUUGACAGCUGGUUCCAGCAGCCGAGAAGCUUCGAAUGCGACCUCUCCCGCCUCAAGUGCCCCGAUUCCUCGCCGAUGAGCGAGUUCUGCAAGUCGUUGAAGCCUCACAAAGCUGCGACUUCUUGCAUGUCGGCGAUUGCGGAACUGAACAUUCCGGAGGCGGAACGAAGACGCCUGAAGAUCCCUGCAGCAGGGCAGUACUUCGCGUGGAGCUAUCCCUUCUCUUUGGUCCGCAGCUGGAAGUCAUCCACAUCGGAGCUUCCGAAGCCGGGAGCUGGCAUGGACCCUGAUGUGGCUUUCCUUACUGUGGGUGGCUUUGUCUACUUUGACGACAACUACCAGCCGGUGCACAUCAACGCUGCAGUGCCCGACCCAAAGGGUCGCCUGAGAUUCGGACCGCCCAGGUGGAUCCAUGGGCUGCAUGGCAACAGGGUGCCGCGCAGCAGCAGGGAGUUGAUCCACCUGGCCAAGACGACGGCUCUCAUGUUCGAGGAGCCGAUCAAGCGCAUGAUGACGGCGAUCGUGGCGUGGGCGAACAGGAUGGACAAGGCGAUCAGGCUCAAGAUCGACGGCACAACCGCAGGGGCUGGUGGGGACAAAGCUGGGAGGAGAGCGAUUCCGGCUGGAGUCACUCUGCCGGCCAAUGGUCAUGGGAUGACAACGACUCCACUCGGAGCCAUCGCAGCGGUGGAUGACUGGACCCAAGACCAGCGGAACGGAGACCGUGUCGACAAGAAGCCAGACGACUGGGAAUCCUGGGGCUCGCGCAAGCAGAGCGCCAUCAGCGAGCGCAUGACGGUCCCGACCUUCAGUGCAGACAAGUCCGGCGAGGAUCUCGGCGCCGAUGCUCGUUCGUACCUUCGACAGGUUUCAGCAUGGUGCGAGGUUACGAAGACUCCACCCUCUCAACGAGCCCUAUUGCUAUACCAAAGUCUUAGCGGCAGGGCUUGGGUUGAGUCCGAAGAACUGAAUGUCGAGUCCCUCGCGCAGGAGAACGGUGUCGAGGUUUUUACCAAAUGGGUGGCCGAGCAUUACCAGGAGGUUGAAGUCGGCAAGAGCAGCGAAGCUUUCACGAACUUCUUCAAGAAAUUGAAGCGUCAGCAGGGGCAAAGCAUGAGGGAGUUUAACAGCUGUUUUGACCGUGCACACGCUAGACUUUUGGAGAUAGACUGUCGGCUUCCUGAAAUUGCCAAAGCUUGGGCUUACAUGAAUGCUCUUUCCCUUGCACAUGGAGAAGAAUUAGCCCUACUGGCCUCGGUCAACAAUGAGUACAAUACACAGCGCCUACAGCGAGCAGCCCUACUUCAUGAACGAAGCCUCAAACCUCCCUGGACUCCUAGGCGACCCUUCUUCCCCGACCCCAAGAAGAAUCUAGCCAUCAAGGGUGCCUACAUGGCGGACAUCUACGAGGAGGACGAGUCCGAGGCCGCGACCGAGUUCACGGAGGAAGGCGGGAUCCCUGAGGAGAUCGCGGUGGAACUUCAUGAAGCAUACAUGGCGCAAGAGGCUGCCAAGAACAGGUACAAGGAUGUGGUGAAGUCUCGUGGCUUCUCUGGCGGAGACGCCCGCGGCAGCGACCGUGAUGCAAACGCAGGGGCCAUUGGCAUCGCGAUCAAGAAUGUCCUCUCAACCAAGGUGAAGACCAAGGACGCUUUCGUGGUGCAUGUGGCCUACGAGGUUGCGAACUCUGGGCUCGGCGAAGGCUUGCUCGCCAUAACGGACUGUGCCUGCAACAAAACUGUGGUCGGACAGGCCUGUGUGCAGCAGUAUGUCACGGCAGCCAGGCGCGCGGGAUUGUCACCCUGCCUUCUUCCCUGCCGUGAUGAGUUUCGCUUCGGAGCGAGCGAGGUGUUCCGGGCGAACUAUGCCGUGUCCAUCGGUGUCGUGUUCCACUAUUUGCUGGCGGGGAACGACGAGGAGCACAUCCUGGACGUCAUGUCGUACGACCGCCGCCGACAGCGAGAAGUUGCUAUCCGCGCGGCAGCACGUGUGGCCUUUUUCCGGUCACAAGUGGACACGAAGCUCAGACGAUCGCUGCUCCAAAGGGCCAGGGUCAAGAGAGGUGAGUACACCGUCGGUGAGAUGGUGUGCUUCUACCGGAUUGACAAGAGCGCUAUCAAACGCGGCCGAUGGCGAGGACCGGGAGUUAUCCUAGGAAGAGAAGGUGGCAAUUGGUGGGUCACCUUUGCCAGAAGGUGUCACCUCGUCGUCGUUGCCGAGGAACACAUGCGACCAAGCAAGGCAGAGGAAGUGGGAGGCCUCUUCGACACCAAGAUGGCGCGCGCCGACCUCGAGAAGUGGCUCUUUGCGGAUCCGGACGACCCGAACGUGUUCGAAGGGGCACAUGAUGGUCUCGAGGAGGAGCCCGGCGACGAGGACAAUGAAAGGCCUGCCGACGCACCAGUCGACGAGCACGCCUUUGAGUUUCAACUCGACGGUGAAGAAGGAGGAGAACGUACAGGUGAUCAAGACAUGGACGUCCCCGACGAGGAGAAUGCACCGCUCGACCUCGGUGAGGCCGCUGGAGAAUGCGAAUCCUACGGCCCCGGGCGGAGGAUGAGGCGCAAGCAGAAGGGGUCUUCCGAGCCCUACUCCGUCAACAUGCUCAAGAAGUGCGUCACCGAGAGGUCCAAGGAGAAGCAACUUGAAAAAGAGCUUCCACGGUCCCAGAUACCCCCAGAACACCAUGCCGCCUUCAAGGCGGCAGAACAGAAGCAGAUCCGCGAGCACAUCGAGCACAAGGCUUUGACGAUGCUCUCCAGGCGGGAGUCAGAUGAGGUCAGGGCCACCGUUCCAGCAGACCGCGUUUUGACUUCACGGUGGGCGUAUAAAGAUAAACACUACGCGAGGAGGCGCCUACAGCCGGAUACACCUUGCAAGGCGAAGGCAAGACUAGUUGACUAG